AUGGCAAAGGUGCACACCACGACAAUCAUCAUUUUGACCACCUGCCAAGAGAGAGAGACAGGUGAGACCACCAGCACAUCCUCUUUGUCUGAAAGCUGCUCUUUCUCCUCCUACUCCUCACUGUUCAGUGUGGUUUGGCGGGUGGCAGGGGUAGUUAUUGAUUAUAACUGUCCCUUUCAAGGAGAAGAAGGCUGUUUAACACACAGUGCUGAACAACUUCAGUUGUAUCAGCAGUUCUCAGGGUGCAGUCCCAGCGUCAGCAUCAGCACCCACACCCAGGAAAUUGCAAAAGGGCAAGUUCCUGGAGUGCACUUUAGAUCUGCUGACUCAGACACUCUGAGGGAGGGACCAGCAUUCUGUUGGACAAAUCCUUCAGAUGAUCCUGACUCAUGCCCAUAUUGUAUGGUCCUUCUAGGCAAUGUCUGCAGAAGCCAAGGGAGAGCACGCCAAGGAGCAAAGCUGUACCUAGUACCCUGGAGCUCCCCAGAGCCUCUUCUUUUGGAUCAUCUUCCUCAAGGGUGGAGGACAGGAUGCUGCUCAUCUUGCCUGAGGAGUGGACAAGAGACAGCUGCUUGGAGGGACGAGAUGGAGAAAGAACUUGGGUAUCGAGAUUGGAGCAUUGCAUGUGAUGCCUUCCUUUCCUGGUCCUUGAGCAGCUCUCAUGUGGAUGAUUACAGUGCUCUUUGGAUUGGGAUCCCUUGUUUUCCUCUGCCUCCAUCCCAUCUAUCCACCUGCCACUCUGCAGCCAGAAUGAAAUCUGAACUCUGCAAACCAGAGCAUGCCACUCGGAUGCUUAAACUUUUCUCAGUGAUUAGAGAUAGAGCCUAUGUCAAGAGAAGAACCUGGCUUUCGUGAGACAAAUUUACAUAAUAUUGUGGAAUUCUCUCUUAAAGACUACAAAAUAUUCAUUUUGUAAACCUUAUGAACACAUUGCCAGGUACGCAGUGUACAGACACAUCAUUAGCAUAGGGCUAAGUGGAGAUUUGAAUGGGCAACCUCCAUCUACUGUCUCAGAGAGUGGGGCCUAGCAUCAGAGUCCACUACUAACUGGCCAUGUGACUAGGGCCAAGUUGCUUAAUCUCACCUGUCUCUGUCAUCAGUGUAAACAGGAAUGGUAACAGUAUCCACCUCAUUGUGUUGCUGCAGAGAUUAAAAUACUUAAUAUACAUGAAGCACUUAGUUUCUCACACAUCCUAACCAAGCAACAAACCUUAGCCAGCAGUUAUCACAUCUCUGAUUACCACUUACCUAGUCUCUGUGUGAUCUUUAAACUUUUAGAAUUAGGACAAACAUUUCUCAAAGGAAGGGUGUGACCAUUCCCCAGGAGGCCCACGGUGCCAUCAGCCGUGUGUCUGCCACUUCGCUGAGUGACAGUGUGACUGAAUAACUUGUGCCUUUUCUGACACACCUCUCAGAGGGCCAGCUUCGCCCGCUGCCCUGACCACCUUGUUUGAAGAAGCUGUCACCAAGUGCUCUGCCCGCUAACACGGGUCUCCCUCCGAGUUCCCGUCAGGUCCCAGCCUUCAUCCUUGGCUCGGGUUUGUAUUGAUUCUAUCUCAUCCUUAUUGUUCACGGAAUAAAUUGCUUUCUCUCACACAUUUUGGUGUUAGAUAGAAUUCCUUCUUGUAAUCUUCCAUUUCUUAUAUACUUGGAUGUACAAAAAAAAAAAAAAAAGUGCCCACUGAAUUCCCUCUACUCCUAGUGACUUUGGGAAAUUACUCGAGCCCUCUGGAUCUCACUCUCUUCAUUUCAGAUAAGAGGUGGAAUUAGAUGAUAUUCAAGUUCUCCCCGUAUUUCACAUUCUAUGAUCUCUUAGUUUGAUAGCCUAACCCAUGACCAACAAUAAUAUGGCUGCUCCCAUUUACAGGUGCCUGUGAGACCUUUUAACUAUACUGUUUCUAGUCUUUUCAGUAAUUCUUUGAGGGAGAUACUAUAUACCCAUUUUUCAGAUGAGGAAAACUAACGCGAGGAACUAUUUAAAAAACACAGUUUGCUUAAGUGACUCAAUGAGACAGGGCUAGGAUUCCACCUUGAGUCUAACUUCAAAGCCUGGAACCUUUCCCUUUCUCUGGAAUGUCUCAUGUGUCAUAUUUCUUUUGUAGUGCUCUUGGCCAUGGAGGACAGACCUAGGCACAAGACAUGAUCUGCAAUGACCUUUCAGUUGCAUUCCAUAACUCAAGAACAGGGCUCUGGCCAGCGCCGUGGCUCACUAGGCUAAUCCUUCACCUGCAGCACCGGCAC